AUGGCCCACCAGCGUGGCAAACCUCAUAAGCGCAGGUUGAAGCAGCUGCGUGAAGCGUCGGAUGUCGAUCCUGCCAGGUUGCCCAGACCGGUUGCCAUGGCGGGAACGAAGAAUGUCGAAGGUGCUUGGAAGGGCGAUGCUGCGAUGCCCGAGGAUGUCGAUAUGGCCACGUGA